AUGACAUCAACGAAAUCAACCGCCACAAUUUCGCCCACCGUGGAACCCGCUAAUAAUCCGGAUCAAGUCACCGCUACAAUCGCCACAAUUUCGCCCACUGCGGAUGGAAAUAAUCCAGAUCAAGCCACUGUUACAAUCGCCACAAUUUCGCCCACUGCGGAACCCACCAAUGACCCUACUACCACGUCUGCUGAUAAUAAUGGUAGCAACGAAGGUUCUACUACGGAUGCUACUGAUGACACUAAUAGUAGUUCAAAUGGCGGAGCUAGUUCAAAUCCCGGUAAUGGGCAAGAAAACAGCGGAGCUGUAAGUCUCGACUCCAAUAACCCAAAUUUGGACAAUACACAGGUCCAAACGGUUCCGGGCCGGUCCCUUGAAAUCGAAUCGGUUGGACCAUACAUUGUCUUUGGAAUGAUCGCUUUGCUCGCAUUCCUGUUGCCAAUCUCUGCAUAUCUCUUUAGUGUACGUAAGGCAAAACUUCGUAAAGAGCGGGAACAGCGAGAGGCUGAAGCCGCGGCGGCUGUUGCCGCAAAAGAAGUGAAAUUUGAAGAGUUUGCCGAGGAAGCUAAAUUUGCUGAGCGUGAGAAAAAAUAUGCGGAAUUUGCGGAACGGCAGUCGAAAUAUUCAGAAUUUGCAGAGUACAAUCAGGAUGCGAUGAUGUUGCCUUAA